AUGCUUCGAAGUUGUUCGCCAUCGAUGACUGCAUUAAUGCAUAUUGCUGGGCUGCCACUUUCGAAACCCCCAGCUUGGCCGACGAUUGGGCCUCUUCGCUUUUCGCUUAGCAAUAAUUUUGUGAAUUAUUGCUUUGAAUCCACUUCCCGAUACUUUUCCAGGCGUUUAGCAACUCCAUCUCAUAAAAAAGAAAAGCGUUUGGAUGAAAAAGAAGCAGUUGAAGUGAUUUGUCGUUUAUGUCCUUAUCAGGGGAAUGAUCCAUGUGCAAUAUUGGUUGAUGAAACGCAUAUAAAACUUGUACCACCAGCAAGUGCUUCAAGAAGUGGUUUACCUACGACUGAAUCCAUUUACAAACUUUCUUAUGUUUUCGACGAAACCGAUGGUCAACGCGCAGUUUUUGAACGGAGUGCUGUCGACCUCGUUGAAAAUCUUGUUCGUGGCAAAAAUUCAUUACUUUUUGCCUAUGGUAUAACUGGAAGUGGAAAAACAUAUACAAUGACUGGCGAUACAACGGAGGAAUGUACUGGAAUUUUGCCACGUACAUUGGACGUAAUUUUCAAUUCGUUAUCGAAUCAGGUCGAUAAAUGUAUCUUUCGUCCUGAUGGGAAAAAUGGUUUUGAAGUUAUUAGUGAAUUCGAAGCUGCAUUGGCGAGACAGCGGUUAAAAAUUUCUAAUGAUGAUGAUACGUAUGAACUUGCCAAUCGUUAUAUGGAACCCAGAAGGGUUAGUGGUGUCAAUUUUGAAAUGCUCUAUGCUAUUUUCGUUUCUUACAUUGAAGUUUAUAAUGAUGUUUGUUACGAUUUGUUAGAUCAGACAAUUGUUAAUCGAGAUGGCACAAGGUAA